AUGGUACUUGCAGCGGGCGGUGGUGAUCGCAGGGCACCCCUGCUCUUCAUCACUGUCCGGGGCCAGUCACAAAUGGCUCAGCCUGCAGUCUCGGUCACACCUGCGUUCCUGGGCUUUGACUCGUCCGCCGAAGUGAUGGCCAGUACCCCUCAAAAAGACCGGCCGGCCCUCGAAAAUCAUGGCUUGGUCUUGGUCUUGGUCUUGGAGCUUUUAUGA